UCCUUUCCAUGCUGGAUCCUUCUUUUUGUCAGCUGGAGGUGUGUCGCUAGAGGCGAAGAUCAUUGGUCAGACUCUUUACCUUGACCUUUGAAACCAACAUGGCAUCCAUUGGCACGCUGAAGGGUCUUGUAGGGCUGGUGACAGGUGGAGCAUCUGGCCUCGGGCGUGCAACAGUGGAGAGAUUUGUGAGGCAAGGCGCCAGGGUCGUACUGUGUGACCUGCCAUCAUCCGAUGGAGAAGAAGUAGCCAAGAAGCUGGGAGACAACUGUGUGUUUGCUCCAACUAAUGUAACAUCGGAAGCUGAUGUGAAGAAUGCCCUCAGUAUUGCCCAGAGCAAGUUUGGUGGGCUAAAUGUUGCUGUCAACUGUGCUGGCAUAGGCGUGGCAUUCCAGACAUAUAACUUCAAGUCCGGGACACCACAUGAUCUGGAUGACUUCAAGAGAGUGCUGGAGGUGAACGCGGCAGGAACUUUCAACGUGAUUCGUCUAGCCGUAGGUCUCAUUGACAAGAAUGAGCCGAAUGCCGACAACCAGCGGGGCGUCAUCAUCAACACCGCCAGCGUCGCAGCCUUCGACGGCCAGAAGGGGCAGGUGGCAUAUUCAGCAAGUAAAGGAGCCAUUGUAGGCAUGACCCUCCCAAUUGCCCGAGAUCUGGCCAGAAGGGGCAUCCGGGUCUGUACCAUAGCUCCAGGCUUAUUCGACACCCCUCUGUUGGCUGGACUACCUGAGAAGGUGAGAAACCACCUGGCCAGCACUAUCCCGUUCCCCAGUCGGCUGGGGGACCCAGAUGAAUACGCUCACUUUGCCCAGUCUAUUGUGGAGAACCCUCUGAUGAACGGAGAAGUUAUACGUGUUGAUGGGGCUCUCAGAAUGAUGCCAUGAAUAUCUAGACUUCCUCAGACUUGAUCAAAUCAUUAGAUGACCGAGUGUGUGUGUCCAGGGAUCGUGGUGUGGGACCAUGUAGUGUCAUAUGAAUCUGACUUGAUCAAAUCAUUAGAUGACCGUGUGUGUGUGUGUCCAGGGAUCAUGGUGUGGGACCAUGUAGUGUCAUAUGAAUCGCUGUGCUAGAUUUAUUGAAUAAAACUAUGAUGUACAGAUUGUA